GCGGUCAACGAACUCCUUUCCUUCUUUCGCGCAGCUUGCAUGGGUGGAUUCUCGUUGGGAUGCGGUCUCGGUUGGAGCGCGCCGUCCGUCGAAAUACUGAGGAGCCAGUUAGACGACUUCGCGAUAAACGUGAUUGCGUCGGUGCUCCCGAUAGGCGCGGCGCUAGGCACUCUCGUCGUGCCCUUGCUGGUCGAUAGGAUCGGCCGGAAGUGGACAAUGAUGGUCCUGGUGCCGGUCUUAAUCAGUGGCUGGAUUCUACUCAUCUGCGCCGGCACGGUUGUACCAUUCUACGUGAUCGGCAGGCUCGUGACCGGCGCCUGUGGCGGCAUGUGCUGCGUCCUGGCGCCCAUGUACUCCGCAGAGAUCUCCGAGAAGCACAUCAGAGGGACGACAGGCGUUUUCUUCCAGUUGAUGCUCGUGAUCGGUAUACUAUACGUAUACUGCACCGGUUUCACGCGAGACGUGGUCGCGAUAUCCAGCCUCUGUAUCAUCGCGCCGAUCGUGUUCGGCGUGACGAUGGCCUUCGUGCCGGAGAGCCCGUUGUUCUACUUGACCAAAGAUAAGGAAGAAGACGCGCGAAAGUCCAUGCGAUUCUUUCGCGGCCCUGAUUUCGAUAUCGAGCCGGAGAUGAGUGCGUUCAAGGAACAAGUGGAGAGAAGCAAGUUUCGAAGACCGAGUAUCACGGCCUUCACGAGCAAGCCUGUGUUAAAGACUCUGGCCGUGGCCUACGGUCUAAUGUUUACCCAGCAAUUCAGCGGCAUUAACGCCAUAAUAUUCUACGGUUUGACGAUCCUCGAGUCGACCGGCGUCGGUAUGGAGUCGCAGUUGGAGUUGGUCAUUUUCGGCGUCGUCCAGGUGGUAGCUUGCGUGGCGGCGGCACUGUUGAUCGACCAGCUGGGGCGCAAGCUGCUCAUGGCGAUCUCCAUGUCGACGAUGUGCGCCUGCUUGUCGGCCUUGGCGGGUUUCUUCAUCCUGAAGAGCUAUCAGCCGGAGCUGGCAGAUCGAAUGCACUGGCUGCCACUCACAUCGGUGUGCGUCUACAUACUCGCCUUCUGCCUCGGAGCUGGUCCAGUUCCGUGGGCCUACAUGGGCGAGAUUUUCCCUACACGCUUGAAGGGUGCAGCGUCGUCUAGCGCGGCUUUCUUUAACUGGCUACUGGCAUUUACGGUUACGAUAACCUUUCCAAGCGCCAUUAGAGUGCUAGAUAAUGCCGUGGUGUUUUCCUUCUUUGCCCUGAUGUGUGCCCUGGGCACGUUAUUUGUGAUCUUCUUCAUGGUGGAGACUAAAGACAAGACGUUUGCGGAAAUUGAACAGGCAUAUGGGACCCACGUGCCCGUGCAGCCGGUGCAGGACGAAGAGCUUCCUAGCAUGGAGUGAAGCCAAGAAUUUCCCAUGAACAGCCACUCGUCAGACAGGCAGGAAAGCUUCCCAUAGAAGACGAAUACGGAU